CAAGUUCAUGCAAUUGCAUUUGGGUUUAGUGGGUUUCUUGUUUUGAGCCAAUCAAACGAACAAUUUUGUAGAGACGGGUUCUGAGAAAUUCACCAGCCAUGGAAGAUUCAAGUGAAAUGCAUUCUGAAGAAAAUAAAGUAUCUUUGGAGAAGAAUGUGAAAAGGCGGUUCAAGACUCGAGCUCAGGUUAUGGCUUUGGAGAACUUCUAUAAUGAGCACAAAUAUCCCUCGGAAGAAAUGAAAAUGCAACUUUCAGAGCAGAUAGGCUUGACAGAAAAGCAAAUAUCUGGAUGGUUUUGCCACAGGCGGUUAAAAGACAAAAAAAUUGAUGAAGGAUUCGCUAGUGGACGACAGGAUCGUUCAAGUGGUAUUAUUCAGGAUCGUGGGAGUGGACUCUGGCAAGAUUCUUGUGGGAGCACCAAACAAGGGGAUAUUAGAAAUAUUGAUCCUAGGGAGGUUGAGAGUCGAAGGCUCUGUGGCCAGGAUUUUCCCUCUUCAGAUCUUGUCUAUGAUCAUAGGAGUCAGUAUACGGGACAUAUUAGUGGGAUGGAAAGGGAUGAUACGUCUUCAGAAAGCAGCUCAUUCUUGCAAGAUAGAAUUUAUUCUCGAAUUGACGAUCCUUAUACUAAGGAAGCGUCUAGAUACAUAAGACAAAAUGGAGCUAUAACACCCAUAAACUGCAAUACCUCUAAAAGUAAGGAAUAUAAGCCAUCAGGAUAUUUGAAAGUGAAGGGUGAUACUGAAAACUCUGCUAUUACUGCUGUUAAGAUGCAACUGGGGAGGCAAUAUCAGGAGGAUGGUCCACUACUUGGUGUUGAAUUUGAUCCACUUCCUCCUGGUGCAUUUGAGUCCCCAAGUAAUGAACCAGUCAAUGAGCCAUUCCAUGUUGAGGAAUCCACAUGGCUUCAUUCUUUGGAUGCACCUGGUGUUGAAAAGCGAAGUGAUCUUGGCACUAGAUAUGAAGUACCUGGUUCCAAGAUGGGUAUUGAGGAUUUGUAUAUUGGCACAGAAACGCUGCGUGGAUCUGACUGUCAGGGCAUGAAAUCUCACCGUCAAUUGAAACAAAAGUCUUCUCAUCUCCAUUAUUCUAAUUUCUCCCCAGGACAGAAUUCUAGCAUGGAUAUUUAUGAAGAUUCUGCUGGAGAAACUUCUAUUUACAAUAGCAACCACUGUUAUAAGUUGAGCAACAAGCACGAUGCUGUUGGGAAUUCUGUUUUGAACCAUCAUGAUCAUCGUGGUGGUAGAAUUACUAGUGAACGAAUAAAGCCUUUGUUGCAUGACUAUGAUAACUUCAGCCCUAAGAUCGUCCAAAACAGUGACUACUUAUCUAAGCCUUCAAAUAUGACACUUGGGAGCAGUAAUUCUCUCGACGCAGAGGAGAGAGUGCCAUCUAAAAGGAUGGCAAAGGUGGAGAAACUUUACGGGGAGAGGAAGGCAAUAAAAGAGAAUCGUGAUCCAGUAAGAAUAAAGAAGCAUCCGAAAAAUGAAAUGAAAGUAGUGAAACAACAAAAAGUUAAUCUUCCACGGCCAGAUAAUAUGGUCAAAUCAUCAUAUGCUGAAAUCCUGAGAUGGACAAAUCAGAUUAAAGGGUCUGCCGCUGAUAUGCCAUCUAGCUUCAGUGAGGAUGAAACUGCGGAAACUAGUUCUUCUAUGGAGUGAAGAUUUUCCGGUUAAUGGAUGGUACAAAUGUUUGAGAGGUUCUCAGUAUCACCCGCUGGAGAUGUAAAUGCUAGUUUGCAACUCGAUGGGGUUGUACAGCUGAAUGUGUUGAUAUGCUAACAUUCUAACAGGGUAAGCUCUACUAGUUAAAGAUCUGAAUCUGCAGAUAAUUUUUGUCGCGACCAACCAAUUUGAUGUUGCCUAUGUAAUGCUCAGGUGUUUAUAUCUGUAAAGCUGCUUUUUUUUUGUUUUUUCCUUCUCCUUUUCUCCCUAUAGAGUUAUGAAUUUUGAUUAAAAAUCUCAUCAGUUGAAUCUAUUAGUUGUAGAUGAUGUAUUAAAAACAUAGCUAAUCAUGGUAUGCAAAGGCACCUUU